AUGGCCCAGUCAGCAGAUGAAAUGUCACUGCAGGUGGUAUCAGCCAUCAGUAAUUCAUCCUUGCUUCAGCCGGGCUUCUCUCUCCUGAAUUUUGAUGGGCAUGUUUUCUUUUUCGGGCAGAAAGGAUGGCCAAAGAGAUCCUGUCCCACUGGUGUCUUCCUCCUCGAUAUAAAGCAGAAUGAGCUCAAAAUGAAACCUGCUGCCUUCUCUAAAGACUCCUGUUACCUCCCCCCUCUCCGCUACCCUGCUCUUUGCACGCUCAGAGGCAAUGCAGAGUCUGAUGAGUACCAGUAUAUCAUCCAUGGUGGGAAAACACCUAACAAUGACCUUUCUGAUAAGAUUUACAUUAUGAGUCUGGUAAGCAAAAAUAGCAAGAAAACCAUGUUCCAAUGCAUUGAGAAGGACCUGGGUGGAGAUGUCCCUGAAGCUAGAUAUGGGCAUACAAUUAAUGUAGUUCAUAGCCGGGGAAAAAGGAUAAGUGUUAUAUUUGGAGGGAGAUCAUAUACUCCUCUUGCACAAAGAACCACUGAAAAAUGGAACAGCGUAGUUGACUGUUUGCCAUCUGUGUUUCUCAUUGAUUUUGAGUUUGGAUGCUGUACGUCAUACAUACUUCCAGAGCUUCAAGAUGGACUUUCUUUCCAUGUUUCAAUUGCCAGAAAUGAUACAAUCUACAUUUUGGGAGGCCAUUCGCUUCAAAAUAACACCAGGUCCCCCAGCUUGUACAAGCUAAAAGUUGAUCUCCCCCUGGGCAGCCCAGCCGUGACCUGCACCGUCUUGCCAGGGGGGAUAUCUGUGUCAAGUGCUAUAGUGACUCAAACCAGUGAUACCGAAUUUGUCCUUGUCGGGGGCUACCAGUCUGACAACCAGAAACGGUUGGUGUGUAACAGCAUAGUUCUGGAAGAUAAUAAGAUAGAGAUUGUUGAAAGGGCAAGCCCGGAAUGGACACCAGAUAUUAAACACUGCAGGAUAUGGUUUGGCUGUGAUAUGGGCAAAGGGUCUAUAUUGCUGGGCAUUCCAGGGGCCAACAAACAGUUAAUCUCAGAUGCAAACUACUUUUACAUUUUGAGAUGCAAAGGAGCAGAAGAGGACAAGGAGGAAGAACUGACAGCACAAAUUUGCAGUCAGACAUCGACCGAAGACCCUGGAGACUCCACUCCAUUUGAAGAUUCAGAAGAGUUUUGUUUUAGUGCUGAAGCCAAUAGCUUUGAUGUUGAUGAUACUGACACUUACAAUGAAGAUGAUGAAGAAGAUGAAUCAGAAACAGGCUACUGGAUCACCUGCUGUGCCAGUUGCAAUAUUGACAUUAACACCUGGGUCCCUUUCUAUUCAACAGAACUCAACAAGCCUGCAAUGAUCCUGUGUUCCAGCGGGGCUGGCCACUGGGUCCACGCGCAAUGUAUGGAUCUCUCAGAGAGCAUGCUCCUACGUCUCUCAGAAGCAAAUGUCAAGUACUUCUGCAACGAGCAUGUUGACCUUAAUAAAGGGCUACAAACUCCCAAAAAGGUGGUGCACCUGAGAAAGCAACCCAUGAAACCAUUGCGCAAAAAGACAACCAUGAAGUUAACAACACCUGCGAAAAAGUCCUUUCUUCGGAGAUUGUUUGAAUAG